AUGGGUAUGAUCAAAGAUGCUCAGGUAUCUGUACGAGAUCUGUUCCGCUGGCGUCAACGCACCGUCACUGUAGAUGAACAGGGUAAUGAGCACGUUACCUUCGAGACUCCCUCGACGCCCCCUAAUCCUAUCCGACUUCUUCGAAGUAUUUCGAUGCUCGGUUGGGGUGCUUAUCUCAUUGGCUUCUUUUGCUGGACAGCCGAUGCUUUCGAUUUCCAUGCACUGUCAAUCCAGACUGUCAAGCUCUCCCAACAUUUUGGAAUCUCCAGGACUGAGAUCUCCACCGCAGUUACUCUAACACUGCUCCUGAGAUCUGUGGGAGCGGCGAUCUUUGGAAUCUUUUCGGACUACUUCGGUCGCAAAUACCCUCUCACCGUCAACAUGUGGAUCCUUGGUGCUCUUCAGGUCGGAUCCAUCUAUGCGCCCAGUUGGAACACCUUCUUAGCCAUUCGUGCUCUCUUUGGUCUUGGAAUGGGAGGUGUCUACGGAGCUGCCGCAGGCAUGGCUCUGGAGAACAUUCCAGUUGAGGCCCGUGGUCUCAUGUCUGGCAUCUUCCAACAGGGGUACAGUUUUGGUUACGUACUAGCCGCCUGCACCAAUCUGGGCGUCGGCGGUGCGACAAGCUCAUGGCCGAUCAUGUUCUGGGUUGGUGCAGCGAUGUCCUUCGCUGCUGGCUUCGCGCGACUUAUCUUCCCAGAAUCGAAGCAAUUCAUCGAAGCCAGGCAGAACAGCAAGGGGUCCAGUACGGCUCAGUUCGCCAAGAACUUCGGCAAGAUGCUCAAGCUCGAGUGGAAAGUCUGUGUGUACUCGAUCAUCCUCAUGAGUUGGUUCAACUGGUUCUCCCACACCUCUCAAGAUAGCUACACCACCUUUAUGCUAGUCGGUAAAGAGCUCAACAACGCCGCAGCCUCACGCGCAUCUAUUCUCAUGAAGACAGGCGCUGUCGUCGGAGGCACCUUCGUAGGUUACUUCAGUCAAUGGCUUGGACGUCGUCGGGCCAUGAUCAUUGCCUGCUUCAUGGUUUGCUGCUUGAUUCCCGCCUGGAUCUUGCCCGAGACCGAAAGCGGUCUCGAGGGCGGCGGCUUCAUGCUUCAGUUCUUCGUUCAGGGCGCUUGGGGUGUGGUGCCCGUCUACCUCUCCGAGAUCUCUCCACCGGCAUUCCGUGCUAUCUUCGUUGGCCUGACCUACCAAUUGGGCAAUGCGAUCUCUGCUCCGUCAACGCAAAUCAUCAACGCCCUCUCGGACAGUCACACCAUCCGCAACCACACUGGUCGAGUCGUCGCGGCUUAUGGUCCUGUCAUGGGCAUUGCCACUGCAAUCAUCGCCGUCGGCCUCGCCCUCACUGCUGCUGUUGGUCCCGAGAAGAAGGGAGCGUCGUUCGAAUCUGCUGCCGCUGCAACCACCGCCGAGGCCGUCACGGACAUUUCGGCUGCAGCCGCCCCAAGCAAGGCUCAUCAAAGCUCUUCCGUGGGUCAAGCGACUUCUGAGGAAGACCUGGCUGGAAAGAAGGGAGCAAACGGGGACAGUCACGCGGUAUUGACUAAGACGGAGUACGCUUAG